AGAUAAUAGCUUACUCUGUGACAUGCGCGUUUUUUGCAAAAAAUGAGACUCAAUUUUUUACAUUGUUUUUACUUCCCUAAAUAUACGAAAUUCGGUGAAAUGCAGAUGAAUUCCUAGCAGAACUAAGUGCCCAAAUGAAGUGAUAAACCACGGCUAGAAAUCUGUAUAAAAAUAAUUACCGGAAGAAGCAUGACCGACAAUAACCUUGAUGGAGACUUAGUCAUUAAAAUAGAAAGUGAUUCGUCUGAAGAUGCUGCUGUUUCAAAACCUAAACAAAAACGCAAACCACGGGCGCCAAAACCUCCUCUCUCCUGUGACCAAUGCCCCAAGAUGGUGAAGACGGCUGCCGAGCUACGGAACCACAUGAGAUGUCACACCGGAGAGCGCCCCUACAUGUGCACUUCAUGUGGCAAGACAUUCACACAACUGGCCCAUCUCACCAACCACUGCCUUGUCCACACCGGCGUAAAACCAUUCAAGUGUAAAGAGUGCGAGAAAAGUUUCUACAGAAAGGUCGAACUAGACCGCCACGCACGCAUUCACACCGGCGACAAGCCGUACAAGUGUGAAAUAUGCCAGAAAAGUUUCACGCAAAAGAACAAUUUGGUGAUGCAUUUGAAAGUGCAUAAUGGGGUUAGAGAGCAUGAGUGCGCUGUUUGUAAGAAAAGAUUUAUGACGCGGAGUAAGCUGAUGCUGCACAGUAAAAAGCAUUUGAAAGAUAAAGACGGGUUAAGUUUAAUAAUUAAAGGCGAUUUUGAUGUUAGUCAAUAGUAAUCAUAAUAAGUAAUUUCUAAUCUAGUAGAUUAAUUUUAUAUUAAUGAAAUGAGUUUUAUUAAUUACAAAUGUGGGUUAUGUUAUGUUAUAGUUGACUUGGUAGUAUUCAAUUGUAUAAAAAGGUGUUUUUUAUCGAACUAAUUAAUACAAUUUUAAGACUUCGAUGUUGUAAGUAUUAAAACGAAUAGUGUAAUGAAAUGAAAGUAUUAUUGUAUGUCGUAAAAUAUACAAGUUUACAAAGUAA